CACCAACUGUUUGUUAUUUGAUUUUACGUUAUUUUCUGUCUGAGAUCUAAUUCUUACGUUAAAUUUAUUUGAGCUCUUUCGAGGGCGACUGCGUACGUUAUGUUUCUGGGUUUAGAAUUGUUUGUUUGUUUUGAGGUGGGGUGAUCGGAGUAGUAGGUUUCCAUAUAUUGUCUGUUAUUUUCUGUUUGAGCUUUUGGUUUUGGCAUUCUUGGAAAUGAGAUAGAAUUUGAAUUUGAAUUUUCGACGAGAACGAGUGGAAUUUAUUUAAUCAAUUGCAGCUCUGAAAAUUCGGAGGAGGAUGGAAAAUGGGAAAGAUGUAGAAAAAUCAACAGUGGAUCUUCUGUUUCCCAGACUGCAUAUCAGUGAUGCAGAUAAGGGUGGACAAAGGGCACCUCCGAGGAAUAAAAUGGCUGUAUGUGAACCGUACAAGGGGUUGAAUUCCAAUUCAAUGAAAAUGCUGUCUAUUCGGCCAAGCAGUGGUCGUGGUGGCAAAUGGCCAGAAAUUUCUCACUCAGUGAAUAGACACCAUUCUCGUUCUACUGGAUUAAAUUUGGACACUUCGUUACGAGAUUUUGAGCUAAGAAUUUCGGAUCCCCCGAAUCAUCGAAAAAACCAAAAAAAGGUCUCGAUGAAUUCAAUCUCAACCCAUCAAAAUGAACACUCGAAGGAAUCAAGAAACGAAGAAGGAUGUGCUUAUGCAUUGGCUGAUUUAGUAAUUUCAUCUCCACAGCUCCAAUGUAAUAAAGGUACAACUAAGAUCGAAUUGAUCAAGAAGUGCUCUAAGGAUAUGGAUUACGGGUUCUUGAAAUUAGCAUAUGCUGACGAAAAGCAAGAAAUUUCAGACAGCGCCUCAGUGUCAGACUCUGCAUCGGUUCUCCGUAUAACCCCGAAUGAUGUCAUAGGCCUUUUUGGUGAGAGACCAUUCAUCGAAGCAAGAAACAAAAUUUUACAUCAUCAGAGAAUAUUUUCUAUGCAGUUAUCCGAGUUACAUCGACUGAUUAAGGUACAAAGACUCAUAGCAGAAUCACCCGAAUUGUUACACGAAAAAAACUUCGACGUCACCAAACCAUCAAGCGAAUCUUCUCAAACAAACAAUCCGCUCUAUACAUCUUCUCUUGAUCCAUCGCCACAUGCCACUAAACGCAAAUUCGAAACCUUAAAUUCCGACAAGAAUUGUGGAGCAGAGUCUGUAAUGAAUAAGUUGCCACCACCUUGGUAUUCGCAUUCACCUUCAAAUCAAUGGUUAGUUCCCGCAAAAUCUCCUUCCGAGGGACUAAUCUACAAGCCAAUUAUUGUGGGUCCCGUUUUCGGAAAUUACGUUCCGAGUUAUCUCCAACAAUAUACAAUGCCAUUGAUCGAACCAGUUAGCCCGAAUCUGAAAGCCGAGCAAACUAUUCCUUUUAUUGGAUCUGAUAAAAACGCAUCGAAACUUGAUGCUAACUUUGAUAUACUUGGUCAGAGUCUGCCCUCGAUUCCGACGAUAAAGGAACAACGUGAUGAGCAGAGUGUAGAAGUGAUUAAGGUUGUACCUCGCAAUCCUAAGUCCGCUACAGAAUCAGCGGGUCGGAUUCUCUGGUCUAUACUAGAAGAAAGAAAUAAAACGUGAUCGUUGAUUUGUAGCUUUCGCCGCCUUUCUUUUAUGUGAGUCUUGUUUAUUUUUGUUUUACUGCAAAACACACACACACACACACAAGCUAAAUGGUAAAACACUGUCAAUCAAUUAUGUGGGGGUGUUUCUUUGGAAAUGUCAGUUGUAUUUCAAAAUUUUGGUUCUGUUUUUCUUUUUCAAAAUAACUUUUCAA